AUGCAACAAAGUCAAGAAUCGUAUAAUUCAGAAGAUUUAGAAGAUUUAAUGAUACAGCAAAGAAAAGGUUUGGGUUCUAUUAAAGCCUCAUUAGAUGAUAUAGAAAAUGGAAUUAAGUUAAGUAAACUUACGCUGGAUGUCAAACCCGAUACUAAAUCUCAUUUGAGGCAAGAAAAACGCAAAACAUUGAGACGUCCUAAUCCCUUUAUAAAAAUAAAAUUGCAAAAAACCCCCGAUAUAGUGUUGUUCGAGCAACGCAGCACUACUGUUUUAAAAGACACCGAAGAGGGCCGUUUGGUGGAGCAGGAUAAUAAACGUUAUGAGUAUUUAACAGAGGGACAGGGACGCAAACGUAUAUGUUUUCCGGUGGAGACACAAACUACCCAAGAACUUACUAAAACUCGUGGUGUUAAUACAGACUCCAUAGCCCGCAGUAAUGUUGGCUCGUAUGUUUCGAAUUUCGAAAUGUUUGAUACCUAUAAGGACCUAGAGAAAACAACCCAAAGUGUGGAUGUAGAUGGUACCCAAAAGAUCCAAGUUACUACAUAUAAAGUGGGAGGUGUUGAUCAAUUUGUGGCCAUAAAUCAAACGCCUAAAUUCAAGUUAGCCUUAAUGUUGACCAUGCGCAUAUUGGCGGGUAAUACAUUUGAGAAUGAACAAAGAAGAUUUCGUAAUAUGAUUAUGCCAGAUCCUUUAGCUUUGGAGGUUAAUUAUCGUUAUAAUCUACAGCUUUUAUGGUCAUUUACGGCUAGCUUUAGUACUAGCGAAAGUUGUUCGGUAGCGGAUAUGAGUUGGUGUCCCAAAAAUGGUGAUAUUCUAGCAGUAGGUUAUGGCACUUUUAGUACCUUUAGUGGUGUGCUACCCAAAACGGGUAGUGUUUUUAUAUGGAAUAUUAAAAAUCCUGUCAAUCCUGAAAGAAUGUAUAGUUUUCAGGCUCCCGUGGUCACAGUGGAAUUUUCACCCUACACACCACAACUUUUAGCCAUUGGUCUCUAUGAUGGCAGUGUGUUCGUCUAUGACAUAAGUAAUGUCGAACAACCUAAAAUUAGUGUCUCACCGCGUUUGGCUACUACCAGCUGUGAACCCAUUACUUCCAUAAAAUGGAUUGCUCAUAAUGUUAAUGAAACCAAACUCCAUGAUUUAGAACCGUUUUUGGCUUUAUCUCGAGAUGGUAUUAUUACCAGAUAUACCAUUGUUAAUAGCCCAAAUCUUUUGGGUUUCCAACAAAUGAAAUUGGAUCGUAUCGAGGGCAAAAUAGAAGGUUUAGAGAUAGAUAAGAAAUUAUCGCAGAUGGAAGCUAAUCGUCAUCCUCAGGGUAUUUAUAUAUGUUUGGAUGCUUUACAUGGCGAUAUUUAUUAUGUUUUGACCGACGAAGGCUGUUUACAUAAGUGUUCAACCAAUUAUCCCAAUCAACAUUUGGAAGUUUUGCAAUUGCAUGAGGCUGGUGUUAAUUAUAUGGAGUUUUCUCCUUGGUCUCCGAAAUUGUAUUUAACAUGUGGAAAUGAUUGGUGUAUACGCAUUUGGUUGCUAGGCAUUCAGAAACCUUUGAUUACCCUUAAAUAUCACAUGGGUCCCGUACAUGCUGCCAGUUGGAGUACCACACACUCCUCCAUAAUCGUGGCCCUGCAUCGUAAUUCCUUAGAUGUCUGGGAUUUAAAGAGAAGCAUACUUAAACCAGCUUCCAGCAGCAAAGUGACUAAAGAACCGUAUUACACCACUUUUAAACUCUCACUUUGUGGACGCUCUGUAGCAGUGGGCAAUAGCAAUGGCAUUGUGGAUAUGUUAGCAUUUGAAGAUAUGCCUUUCUCACCACAUUUUCAAUAUGAUCAUUUGGAAAAAACUAUACAUAAAAUAUUGGCUAAUGAAAGCGAACUACUAAGGGAUGUUAAAACUUUGGGAUAUUUUGGUUAUUAA